AUGACGACGACGACAUCCAAGGUGGAAGACGCCGUCGCGGCCGACGUGCCCACCCUCGGCGCGAUGCACAUCAACGCCUUUGACGACAACUUUCCGGUGCCGCUCUUCGUGAAGCCAUACGCCGUCGCGGGCUGGGGGAAAUUUGUCCGGCGCGCCGCCGACCCAGCCCCCGCCUCCGGCUCAUCAGGCUUGCAGCCGCGGGUCGGCGUGAUCCGCGACGACUCUGGUAACCGAAACUGGUCCCCGCAAGCACUGGGAGAGAGAGAGAGAGAGAGAGAGAGAGAGGACUUGGUUUGUCGGCUAACCUGCGCGCUUGUAGGGACGGCGAAGGCGGCGUGCCUGCUGUGGAUUGCGCGGGACCGGGAGGCCGUGGACGGGCUGUACGGCGCGUGGAGGGACGCUUGGGGCGAGCCGCACGAGGGCAUGGUGCCGGACAGGCUGGACACCUUCUUCGGCGACAUGAAGGCGCAGCACAGGACCGUCAUGGGCCGCAACCCUCACAUGUACUUGGAAAUCAUCAUGGCACACUCGACGGCGCGAGGGAAAGGAUACGGCAAGGCGCUGCUGCUGUUUGCGAACGAGCUCGCGGACGAGUUGGGGCUGCCGCUGUACCUGGAUGCCGACGAGGACGUGGUGGGGUUGUACGAGCGCGUGGGCUAUGUGCGGCAGCCGGAGGAGGUGCGUGAGAGCAAGGGACUGGUGCCCAUGGUGCGCGCGGCUCAUGGAGGUUAG